GCAAACGCAUGUCCUCAACCAACUCAAAGGUUUAAACACACAAGAUAAUGCAUCGUCGUAAUUGUUGUCAGUACAUGGAUGUUUAGUACGUAGGCACCGGGGCGGGAGUUGGAGGAAAAAAGCUCCGCCAGUUGCUUCAGUGAUUAUUUCACGGUUCCUAGUUCCACCGUAGCUCCACCGAUGGCACCUUCCUGAAACCGCUAGCAGGGGAACCACCAUGCAAAUAUACACAAAGCAGCUUAUUUUUUGGAUUGGUUAGCAAUUUCGUAACGAUGCGAUUCUCCUCAAAGCUGUGAAAAGCUCUGCGACAGAGGAUAAUACACGGAGACCGGCCGCUUUCAACUGAUACCCUCGCUGGAAGAAGCUACAAAGAUGCCUGAGGUUCGGGAUCUUUCUGAAGCUUUGCCAGAGAUGCCCAUGGACCCAAUCACUGGAGUUGGUGUAGUAGCCUCAAGAAACAGGGCACCCACUGGAUAUGAUGUGGUCUCGACAACAACAGACGGCCUGGAUGCUGAUCUUUGGAAAGACGGCCUUUUCAAAUCGAAGGUGACACGCUACCUCUGCUUCACCAGAGUCUUCUCUAAAGAAAAUAGCCACUUAGGUAAUGUUCUUGUGGACAUGAAGUUGAUCGAUAUAAAGGACACUCUGCCUGUGGGUUUCAUCCCGAUCCAGGAGACUGUUGACACUCAGGAGCAGGCCUUCAGGAAGAGGCGACUCUGCAUCAAGUUUAUUCCACGGGACUCCACAGAGGCAGCCAUCUGUGACAUCCGCAUCCUGGGACGCUCCAAGCAGGCACCCCCUCAGUACACCUUUAUAGGAGAGCUCAACAACAUGGGAAUCUGGUAUCGCAUGGGGAACGUACCUCGGGCCCAGGACUCCACACUUGCACCAUCCACCAACAACAUCCAGAAUGUGAACUCCUCUUCCAGCUCAGUUCCGGUUGCAGCAGCCUCUAUGCCCAAAAAAACAAAGCUGAAGUGCCAAAGCAGAGAUGGUGGACCAUCAGCAGCUCGAUGGAAUUCAGCCAGCCCAGUGCAAACUCCCCACCGGAUCAGCAAACUUUCUGUUACUAUGGUUACUGGUUUAGGUUACUGGCCCACAGAGAAUCCUGGUUCUGGAGUCUGCCAUGGCUGAAUUCAGGUUGCUACAGUUGUUUAUGUGAGCUUUGUCUGUGGACUGUGGACUUCCUACUGUUAAAAAAAAUGUAACAAAAGUCGCAAUAAAUUCUAUUAUCAAAUCCCAAUACUUGUAAAAUCACUAUACUUAAAAAUGGCAAUGCAUAUCCAAUGGGCACCCAAGUAUCAUGAUACUUAUGAAAAUGGAGACAGGGAUAUUGUCCCAGCUCUAGCAGUAAACAAACACCAAGUAUACUGUUUACAUUUGUCCACAUAUAGUCAGAAAUGAGAACAUUUUUUGUUGGAAGCUGUGUAGUACCAUAACAGACACAGGUGCCCAUCAUAUCAGUUACAGCUUAAAUCUGUCAGUUGUCUACACGCACAAACAGAGGAUUGUCUUCGAAACGCAAUCACACAAAACAUAAGAGUUAAUGGGCCUCACGCCAGAAACAAUUUACUAACAAAUUUGCUCUUAUUUGUGUUCAUAUCAAUCAAUCAAUCAAUCAAUUUUAUUUAUAAAGCCCAAUAUCACAAAUCACAAUUUGCCUCACAGGGCUUUACAGCAUACGACAUCCCUCUGUCCUUAAGACCCUCACAGCGGAUAAGGAAAAACUCCCCAAAAAAAACCCUUUAACGGGGAAAAAAACGGUAGAAACCUCAGGAAGAGCAACUGAGGAGGGAUCCCUCUUCCAGGACGGACAGACGUGCAAUAGAUGUCGUACAGAACAGAUCAGCAUAAUAAAUUAACAGUAAUCCAUAUGACACAGAGAGAGAGAGAGAGAGAGAGAGAGAGAGAGAUGCAGGUAAUGACAGUAGCUUACAACAACAUUAAUGAAAGUAAUAAUAUUAUAGUUAUAGUUCUGGUUACUGCGGUACAAUAUGUUGAAAGUAUGUAUUAAUACCUGGCAGUAUACAUGUGUGACAAUAAUCAUAUGUGUAUAAUAACAGAAGAAGUAUGACUAAUGACUAAUGAUGGCAGCAGCAGCAGGAGGCAUCUGGCAGGACCAUGGCAGCAGCACAACCACACACGUCACGCUGUCCAGGCACCACUGUGAUAUGAAUUAAUCUGAGAGACAGUGGAGCACAAAGGCUCCGGAGAAGAAGCCGAGUUAGUGACAUCCAGAAUGGCCGGGUUAGCUAGAUGCAGUAAUAGGAUAAGAGAGAGAGAGAGAGAGAGAGAGAGAGAGAGAGAGAGAAGGAGAGAGAGAAGGAGAGAAGGGGCCCGGUGUAUUAUAGAGGGGUCCUCCGGCAGACUAGGCCUAAGUCAGCCUAACUAAGGGCUGGUACAGGGCAAGCCUGAGCCAGCCCUAACUAUAAGCUUUAUCAAAGAGGAAAGUCUUAAGUCUAGUCUUAAAUGUGGAGACGGUGUCUGCCUCCCGGACCGUAACAGGAAGAUGAUUCCACAGGAGAGGAGCCUGAUAGCUAAAGGCUCUGGCUCCUGAUCUACUUUUGGAGACUUUAAGGACCACGAGUAACCCUGCGUUCUCAGAGCGCAGUGUUCUGGUGGGAUAAUAUGGCCCUAUGAGCUCUCCAAGAUAUGACGGAGCUUGACCAUUUAGAGCUUUAUAAGUUAACAGUAGGAUUUUAAAUUCAAUUCUGGAUUUUACAGGGAGCCAGUGCAGAGAAGCUAAAACAGGAGAGAUAUGAUCGCGUUUCUUAGUUCCUGUUAGUACACGUGCUGCUGCAUUCUGAAUUAGCUGGAGAGUUUUUAAGGACUUACUAGAGCUACCUGAUAAUAGAGAGUUACAGUAAUCCAGCCUUGAGGUAACAAAAGCAUGGACCAAUUUUUCUGCAUCUUUUCGGGUCAGGAUAGGCCUAAUUUUCGCAAUAUUACGCAGAUGAAAAAAUGCAGUCCGUGAGGUUUGCUUUAAAUGAGAAUUAAAAGACAAAUCUUGAUCAAAUGUUACUCCGAGGUUUCUUACGGUAGUGGCAGGGGCCAGAGCAAUGCCAUCUAGAGAUCCAUGGUUUGUUCUUAAUUUUGUCGUUACCUAGUGAUUUCGGGGUUUCAUUGUGUGUUUUCCUAUUUUUGCUCUUCAAAAGAAAAAGGAAAAAAACACAAAUGUUUACUCUUUUUUUACUUUUACUUGAGGUAUUUACUUUCAUGUCUUGAGCCUGUACUCAACCAACAUAUACAGAGGGAAAUAUUGUACUUUUUACUCCACUGCAAUUAUUUGACAACUUCAAAUGCUUCACAAAUUAAGAUUUUUCCACAUGAGCCAAACAAUUUAAAAAUCAAUUGCAGCUGAAACAAUUAGUUGAUUGAUUAGAGAAUUAAUUUGCAACUAUUUUGAUCAUCUUUCAAGCAAAAACAUUCCAUGGUUCCAGCUUCUCAAACAUGAGGACUUGGUACUUUUGCUUUUAAUCAAUUUGAUUAUUUUGGUUUAUUAAAUUUACUUAAACUUUUCAGCAUGACUACUUUUACUUUAAAUACUUAAAUACUCUUUCCAUAUAAUCUAUUGCUGUUGGUGUUUUCUUUAUUGUUCUAUUAUAUCUAUUUAAAAGUGGUUUGUCUUUCUCCAGAUAUCAGCCAAGUUUGGCAAGAUCCACCAGAGGAAGAAAGCUCCCUUUCUUUAUUUUCUUUUUUUUUUUUUUUUUAAGAUAUUUUUUUGGCCAUUUUGCCUUUAAUGGACAGGACAGCCAAGUGUGAAA